GGCUCAGGACAGUGGCUUUCGUUACCUGGCUGGAAUUAAACAAUAGCAGCUACUUUGUAGCAAGCCAUUUCAAUGUUGGGCCCUGUACCGAGCACGUCUCACACUGUCUCACGGACUCCUCCAGCAGCCCUAUGAGGCAGGUUAUUGUUGGGGCCACUUUGCCCUUUAGGACCUGGAGGCCUUGAGAGGGGAACUCUCUUGCCCCGAGUCUGUGGGCCAGGAAAGUGGGGAGACUGGAACUGAUCCCGGGAUGGGAAGGCUGGACCUGGAGUGCUCUGAGAGGACUGGGGAGAGGGAAGUGAGCUGGGGUGAGGGGAGGCCGGGCUCCUCAUGCCAAGGCGGGCCUGCUGCAGUCCCUGCCCACCAGGAUGCCACCUUCCUGUACACGGAGCCCCUGGGCCGGUUGCUGGGUUUGUGGAUCGCACUGGAGGACACCACGGUGGAGAACGGCUGCCUCUGGUUCAUCCCUGGCUCCCACACCAGUGGAGUGUCCAGAAGGAUGGUCCGGACCCCUGCUGGUUCCAUGACUGGGAUCUCCAUCCGGGGAUCAGACCCAGCCUGGGACAACAGCCUCUAUGUGCCCACAGAAGUGGGGAGAGGAUCCCUCGUCCUAAUUCAUGGAGAAGUGGUGCACAAGAGCGAGCAGAACCUGUCUGACCACUCGCGCCAUGUCUACACUUUCCACCUCAUGGAGGCCUCUGGCACCGUCUGGAGCCCAGAGAACUGGCUCCAGCCAACAGCUGAGCUGCCCUUUCCCCCACUGUACACCUAAGUGCCGUCUCAGGGCUGGGACACUGCCCCUCCUGGUGAAGCCGUGGGCUGCAAACACCAGCAGCUAACCCGCCUCCCCCCUGCCCCACGGCCACCCCCCACCCCCCUCCCCCCAACCAGGAAGGCACAUCUCUCCUCCUGGGCUUUCUUUCUGCCAGUGUCUGCACCCCUCAGCCCUGGAGAUGUGGCUGGAGGUGACAGCCGGGCAGCAGGAACCUGGGCUGGGUGGCCUUCUCAAGAUCUCUGUCUCUCUGCCUCCCUGCUGCCCAACACCACCUCCCUCUAGAGCCAGCCUCUCAGCCGUGAAAGGGUUCUGGCCACUUCCCUGCCGGCUUCUUACUCUUCUCGCCUCUCAGAUGGAAUUCUGAUGAUUACAGUGCAAGAUACUGAAUAAAAAUAACCCCUGAUUACUGAUGUGCUAGAUAUUGAAUAAAAAUGACCCCUAAAUGCA